AUGCCCCGAGCCCCGGAGGCAGGGUGGGGGGGUUGGGGUGGGGACCCGGGACCUGACACCCCACCCCCUACCCUCCCGCACCCUACCCCCACCCGCAAUGCCCUCACCCCAUUAACCUACAUUCCCAUCCCCCCGCCCCCCACAACACAAGUUAAAACACAUGACCCACUGCCGACAGGCUGACUUGAGAACACAACCUACACUCACAGAAACGCCCCCUCACUUACGAGACAGACUACACACCACAGCACUCACAAAAGACCCACCACGACCAGCACACACCGGAUAAGGGAUGCACCAACCCGACAAGAUUGCCCAAACGCCCAAUACCCAAGAACACUAUACCACGAUACCAGAAACCACUCAAUCCUCACAACCCGGAACAUUACCCGCUCGACCAAUACACCCCCGACGCUAACCGGAGCCUUAAACAGACACAGAAGUGA